GUUUUUGGGUAAAGUCUUGUUAGGUUAUCAUCUAAUUAAAAAAAAUCUAAAAAUCUAAAAAUCUUAGCCACAGAGCGGAGAGAGAGAAAGAGUGGGAGAUGGAGACGAUGAUGAUGAGCUGCGUAUCGAUUUGGAGUUCAAUCCCAACAGCAAGAAAAGGCGGUAUUGGCCUCGCUUCCUCUUCUUCUUCUUAUUUGUGUAGCCCCAAAUCGUUGAAUUGUGCAACAGUGAGAGCGAGGGCAAGGGUAUCGCUGAAGGCCCCCAAACCCAAAGGUCUCACUUGCAGGGCCUUGUUUGGAUUGGGGAUGCCGGAACUCGUCGUCAUUGCCGGCGUGGCAGCCCUCGUUUUUGGGCCCAAGAAAUUGCCUGAAGUGGGCCGCAGCAUCGGCAAAACCGUCAAGAGCUUCCAACAGGCUGCGAAGGAGUUUGAGUCGGAGCUUAAGAAGGAACCUGAUUCUGCAGAUGGAGACGACUCUCAGGAGAAGCAGGAGACGGAGGUGUCUACUUCUAAGGACACUCUAUCAAAUUAAAUUUCAUUCUUCUCUAAGAACUGUUUAGUAUUUUUGCCUUUCUCGCUUUCAUUAUUUAAAUCCUCACUAUGCUUUUAAUAUAUCAUGCCAUGCUCAUGCUUCUAUCCUUUCAACUUUAACAAA